CGCGGCGGGAUUUGUGCCUCCACUCCUCGUGUCUGGCGACCACUCCAGCGCCAUCUCUUCCCGGCGCUCGGUCCCCCUGGGGACAGGCUUCUGAGGACCCACACUCUGGGAUGCUGUCUCCGGGUUUCCAGGCUCCAGCGCCGUAGGACCGAGGCGGGCACCGCGGUGAGGAAGAAACCCGACCUCACCUGACCGUCUGCAGAGCCCGGGAGGGACCGGCCUCGGUGACUGCUCUGAGUUGGGGUGAAGAGCAGAAUAUUCAGAACAAGGAGGAGGCGGUGAUCAUGGAGACAGAUUUGGCCGAAAUGCCCGACAAAGGAGUUCUGCCUUCCCAGGAUUCUCCCUUUCCCCAAGAGAAGUGCACAGAACAGGGAGAAUUGGCAGCUCUACGCCUUACAGCCAGAUCCCAGGCAACAGUGACAUACAAGGAUGUGGCUAUGGACUUCACGCCAGAGGAGUGGGGGAAGCUGGAUCCCGAACAAAGGGAUGUGAUGCUGGAGAACUAUAGGAACCUGGUCUCACUCUGGCUACCAGUUUCCAAACCUGAAAACUAUGAUUUGGAGAAUGGAAAAGAACCAUUGAAGCUUGAGAAAAAAGCCCCUAAAAGCAGCUGUUCAGACGUGGAGACUACACUCAAGAGCAAGGGUUCGACUUCCCUGCAAGAUUGUUCGAAAGAAGAAUCAUGCCAGGUUUCACUAAUAGACAGACUGACUAGGAAUAAUGUCUAUGACUCCAAGUUGGAAACAGCUCUCGAAUGUGAAAAGUGGUUAGAGAAUCAGCAGGGCAAUCAGGAGAGGCACUUGAGAGAAAUGUUCACCCACAUGAAUUCACUCCCUGAGAAAAGAGAUCAUGAGCAUGAUAUAUAUUGGCAAAACUUCAGUCAGAAGUCAGUCCUCAUCACUCAAGACAGAGUUCCCAAAAGAUCUUAUACUUUUCAUGCACUUGAGAAGAGAUCAAAACAGAAAUCAAACUUAAUGAAAAGGCAGAGAACCUAUAAAGAGAAAAAACCUCAUAAAUGUAAUGAUUGUGGUGAACUUUUCACUUACCAUUCUGUGCUUAUUCGACACCAGAGAGUUCAUACUGGAGAGAAACCCUAUACAUGCAACGAAUGUGGGAAAUCUUUUAGCCAUAGAGCUAAUUUAACUAAACAUCAGCGGACUCAUACACGAAUUCUCUUUGAGUGCAGUGAGUGCAAGAAAACCUUCACAGAAAGCUCAUCCCUUGCAAUACAUCAGAGAAUCCACAUUGGAGAGCGACCUUAUGAAUGCAGUGAAUGUGGGAAGGGUUUUAAUCGAAGUACACAUCUUGUGCAGCAUCAGUUGAUUCACACUGGAGUGAAGCCUUAUGAAUGUAAUGAAUGUGACAAAGCUUUCAUUCAUUCAUCAGCACUCAUUAAACAUCAAAGAACUCAUACUGGAGAGAAACCCUAUAAAUGUCAAGAAUGUGGGAAAGCAUUUAGCCAUUGCUCAUCCCUUACUAAGCAUCAGAGAGUUCAUACGGGAGAAAAGCCGUAUGAAUGUAGUGAGUGUGGAAAAACGUUUAGUCAGAGCACUCAUUUAGUUCAGCAUCAGAGAAUUCAUACCGGAGAGAAACCCUAUGAGUGUAACGAAUGUGGGAAAACUUUUAGCCGGAGCUCAAAUUUUGCUAAACAUCAAAGAAUUCAUAUUGGAAAGAAACCCUACAAAUGUAGUGAAUGUGGAAAAGCCUUCAUUCACUCAUCAGCUCUUAUUCAACACCAGAGAACUCAUACUGGAGAGAAACCCUUUAGAUGUAAUGAAUGUGGGAAAAGCUUUAAGUGCAGUUCAUCCCUCAUCAGACAUCAAAGAAUCCACACUGAAGAGCAACCUUGAAAAACUAUUGAAUGUGAAGAAAUGGUCCCAGUCAAGAAGAACUGAAGCAACUGUGAAACACCAGGGUAUACCCUCCUGCCAGGUACGGAGAACAACUCCUGGGACAGUCCUCAAGUGAUUUACUUAGCUUUCCAUCAUGAA